CCCAUCCUAUUGCAUCUUUUGAGGUCCUCCUGUUUCUCUUGCAUUAGAUAGUCAAGCGAACGAGGAAACGUUAUUAGAUUUCUUGGCCUCUACUCCUAAUCAUAUAGAGGCUCAUUGUUCAUCGACCUUUAUUUUCGGCUUUAUUACGACACCUUAGAUCCUUUUGUUCCUUCAUUGAUCGCACAAUGGCCGAUACUCAAGCUCCUAUCAACGGCAACUACCCUGUGCCCCACGCCUAUCAUGACUCUUACAACCAUGCUCAUGCUGUUGCCAACAAUGCCUCGAAUUUCCAGCCAGCGCCAUCUACUACUCCCACCAAUGCCCCUUCUAAUGAGCAGAAGAAUGUGAUCUCGAAAGACGAGGUUGGUUGGUAUUUCGUCGAACAAUACUAUACCAAUAUGAGCCGUAGUCCGGACAAGUUGCAUCUGUUUUACUCUCGGCGCUCGCAACUUGUCUUCGGAACUGAGGCAGAGUCGGUUCCCGUUGCUGUGGGUCAAAAGGCUAUCAAUGAAAAGAUUAAGCAGCUUGACUUUCAAGACUGCAAGGUCCGUGUUUUGAACGUCGAUUCUCAGGCCUCGUUCGACAAUAUCCUGAUCUCUGUCAUUGGUGAGAUCUCUAACAAGUCCGAGCCAUCUCGCAAGUUCAUCCAGACCUUUGUUCUCGCCGAACAACCCAAUGGAUACUAUGUUCUCAAUGAUAUCUUCAGAUACUUGGUUGAUGAGGAGGAGAUAGUGAAUGAAGAGACUACUCCCGCUGCGCCUGCCGAGCCUGUCCAGCCUUCCGAGGAGUCUGCUGAGCAGCCUAUCGAGGAGCCUGCUGCCGAAGAACCUGCACGGCCUGUGACUGAAAAUACCCCGGCUGCGGAGUCUCCAGUACUCAACGAAGCCGAAACUGUUAAAGUGGGCGAGAAGCUUGAACAAGCGGAAGGAAAUGGUGAAGAAGAGCAGCAGCCACAGGAACCUGCACCUCAAGCCAAUGGAACCGAAGCCCAGAGCAGCGAAGAUGUUCAGGAAGUUGCUGCCUCGACUGAAUCUGAAGCUUCGAAGACCGAAAAACCCCCGACUCCGGAGCCUACACCUGCCCCGACGGCACAGAAAGAGGCCGCCGGCCCUGUCAAAGAGCCGGCUGUACCCGCUAAGGCUGUACCGAAGACCUGGGCCAACAUCGCCUCCAAAUCCGGUGCUACUGCCCCUGUUGUGCCUGCUAUUGCCGCUGCUCCGGCUAAACCCGCUCCUACUACCAACACUGCUCAGUCGGCCCCGGCUCCUGCUGCUGUGGCUACCACUCCUACUCCUGCUGCUGAAAGCACACCUAGCCAACCUGCUUCCAACGAUGGAUCUGGCUGGCAGACUGCCGGUCAUGACCAUAAGAAGACCCAAUCUCGUGCGGGUGAUGACCAGAACGUAUUGGGUUACAUCAAGAAUGUUACCGAUAAGGUCGAUGCAAACUUGCUCAAGCAAACUCUCUCCCGCUUUGGAAAGCUCAAGCAUUUCGAUGUGAGCCGUCAGAAGAACUGCGCCUUCGUUGAGUUUGCUGACCCUACUGGCUACGCUGCGGCUGUUGCGGCCAACCCACACCAGAUCGGAACCGAGCAAAUUUCUGUAGAGGAGCGUCGCUCGCGUACCAACGCCUACGGUGGAAAUCCUAACUACGGCGCUGGUCGCGGUGGCUCUGGCCGUGGUCGUGGCGACCGUGCCGGCAGCCAGGGCCGUGGUGGUUUCCAGCGUGAGGGUCGUGGAGGCUUUGCUCCCCGUGGCCGUGGCGGCAAUGUCAAUGCCAAAGCCCGCAACCAGGCCCAGGCUGCCUAAAGUGGAUCCAUUCUUCUCCCUUCACAGGACUGGAAAGGGAAAGAAAAAAAGAACGGAAACCCUAACAACAGAGUGGAAAUGAAGAUUAUCUACUGACUACAUGAAGACUUUUUUCUGCCUUCUCUCAUUCACUAUUUCCUCCCCUUUGCUUUUGUUUGUUGGUCAUACAAUUCUUAGUCCUUCAUCCUGGCUCGCAACAGCAUUCAGUUUCAGAUGCUUAUGGUGACUCAGGGCAUGUAUUACUCCCUCUUACUGAUAAUGACAUGUGUUAUGUGACCCAUUUGUCUGUCACACUGCAUAUUAGCGGUUGGAAAAGUUGUUUUCUCAUAUUUCCUCAACUGGGUUUUUCCUCUUUGGUCGGUGCUUCAUGACGUUUU